GUGAACAACCAACCACUUCUUUUUGUAUUGUUUAGAAUUAAGGCAAUAGAAUAAUCAAUCUUUUUAGUGAAAAGGGAAAGUGUAGUGGGCGCAUGAACCCACCAAUGGUGAAGCGUAUAGUUUGGUAGAGUCAAAACAGUUUAAACCAAACACGAUACCUCCAUUAACAACCCACCAUUGUUGUUGAGCUCAAACCCCUUCAUUCAAUCCCACCUUCUUCCUGAUUUUACACAAAAUACCCAGAAAUUGAUUCAUCAUUUUUCUCAGGAGAGAGGAAAAAAAAGGAGAUUUAAUCACUUAAUUGGUUAAACAUGGAUUCCUUGCAAUCUCACAGAAAUGAGAUUAUAGGCAUUUCUGUUGCUCUUGCUGCCAUUGGUGUUGGCUCUGCUUAUUAUUUCUAUCUUUCCAACAAAUCUGAAUCCAAAUUGAAAAGUUGCUUGGACCCUGAAACGUUCAAGGAAUUUAAGCUUGUGAAACGGACUGAGCUAAGUCAUAAUGUUGCGAAAUUUAGAUUUGCUCUUCCUUCAUCAGAUUCUGUGUUGGGUCUUCCAAUUGGACAACAUAUAAGUUGCAGAGGAAAAGAUGCUAAUGGUGAGGAUGUUAUGAAAGCUUAUACACCAACUACGUUGGAUUCUGAUGUUGGUUAUUUUGAGUUAGUUAUAAAGAUGUAUCCACAAGGAAGAAUGUCGCACCAUUUCCGAGAAAUGCGUGAAGGUGAUUACUUGUCUGUCAAGGGCCCCAAGGGACGUUUUAAGUAUCAGCCCGGGCAAGUUAGAGCUUUUGGUAUGCUUGCUGGUGGUACAGGAAUUACUCCAAUGUUUCAGGUUGCUAGAGCCAUAUUAGAGAAUCCAAGUGACAAGACCAAGGUUCAGUUAAUAUACGCAAAUGUCACUUAUGAUGAUAUUCUUUUGAAGGAAGAACUGGAUAAUUUUCCUCACAGUUUCCCUGAUCAAUUCUCUGUUUACUAUGUCCUAAACGAGCCACCUGAAGAAUGGAGUGGUGGAGUUGGUUUCGUAUCAGCAAAAAUGAUUCAAGAUCAUUGUCCUGAACCUGCGUCUGAUAUUCAGAUCUUGAGGUGUGGACCGCCUCCAAUGAACAAGGCCAUGGCUGCUCAUCUCGAAGCUCUAGGAUACACUUCUGAGAUGCAAUUUCAGUUCUAAAUCUACCUAUACCAUAUAUUCUCUCCUUUUUUUUCUUAUUCGGCCCCUGCCACAGGACAUAUAUUAUUCUACAACAUCAAUUUUUUGCCAUCAAGGUCAAAAUAGUUGUAAGAUGCAACACUGAUGACUUGAUGAGCCUCAUUCUGGAUGCUACUGCAGAUUAUACUUGUAUUUGGUUAAACCUUUAUUCUUCUGUUUAGUUUUUAGUAGGCUGUCAUAUGCAAUUUAGGUUGGACUAUUGACUUAUUGAGCAUGUAAUCAGUUGAAGAAUCAAGGAACGUGUACACUUUGUUUUAGUUAAAACAUUUGUACUAUCAAUUGUGAUCCCUCAUAAUCUUAAUUUUCCCACUA